GGCGGGAGUCCUCGGCUUCAGAUGAUCCAAACAGCCAAAGACGAUGUCAUCGAAGGUCCAACUUUUUCCCUUCGAGAUGCUUCACGAAACGCGAUGUGGAUUGCAAUUUCAAGCGCGUUUUCGCCUCUCACAAGGUCUGUAAUCUGCAUGGAUGAAUAGGCAUGCUGUGGUUUACGGAGCCGGUCGCACUUUCGAGUAGGGCCGCAGAGAUGAUGGCGAGGUGAUUAAUGGAUUAUGGGGUGAUGUUUUAUCGGACCUACCGACCGCGAAUCGGCGCUGCAGCGUCAUUGGGAGAGCUCAAGCUAGGGUGUUGUUCAGCGGUUGUAGGUUCACUGUUUUCGUCGGAUCCAACAAACGAAACACAUAUAACCCAAUCUCACUCCCGGCUACAAAGCCUCUUCUUUCCUUCCCAUCCACUUCCGAAUCAAUCACACAUCCCCCACCAUGGCUUCUCAAGAUAUCCGCACCAAUUCUCUCAAGAAGCCCAUCACUAUCACCGAGUACCUGUUUGCUCGCCUGAAGCAAUGCGGCGUUAGCUCUGUCCACGGUCUUCCUGGUGACUACAACCUCGUCGCCCUCGACUACCUGGAGAAGGCUGGCCUGAAAUGGGUCGGCAACUGCAACGAGCUCAACGCUGGUUACGCCGCUGAUGGUUACGCCAGAAUCAAGGGCCUGUCCGCCCUUGUCACCACUUUCGGUGUCGGUGAGCUCUCUGCCAUCAACGCUAUCGCCGGUGCCUACUCCGAGUAUGUCCCCAUCGUUCACAUCGUCGGUAUGCCCUCAACAGGCGCACAAAAAGACGGACUCCUGCUCCACCACACUCUCGGCAACGGCAACUACGAUGUCUUCGUCGAUAUGUUCCGCCCUGUCUCUUGCGCCGUCGCCAACCUCAAGGACCCCAACACUGCUGCCGCCGAGAUCGAUCAUGUCAUCCGCGAAUGUUACAUUCAGUCCCGUCCCGUCUACAUUGGUCUACCUUGCGACAUCGUCGAGGACAUGAUCGAGGGCGAGAGACUCGCUCAGCCCAUCGACCUCUCAUACCCUGCCAACCCUGAGGAGCAAGAAGACUACGUCGUUGACGUUGUCUUGAAGUACCUGCACGCAGCCAAGAACCCUGUCAUUCUGGUUGACGGUUGUGCCAUUCGUCACCGCGCACAGAAGGAGACUCACGACCUGGUUGUCAAGUCUGGUCUUCCCACAUUCGUCGCUCCUCUCGGAAAGGGCUGUGUUGACGAGACUCUCCCCAACUAUGGUGGUGUCUACGCUGGUGACGGUUCCAACGAGGGUGUUCGCGACCGCGUCGAAAGCUCCGAUCUUGUUCUCAGCAUCGGUGCCAUCAAGUCCGACUUCAACACUGCAGGCUUCACAUUCCGCCAGAGUCAAUUGACCACCAUUGACUUCCACUCCAACUACAUCCAGGUCCGCUACUCACAAUACCCUGGUGUCCGCAUGAACGGUGUCCUUCGCAAGGUCGUCGACAAGAUGGGCAAGCUUAAUAUCGAGGCCGGCCCCAAGCCCACCAACCGCACAAACAGCCAGGAGAGCACUCAAGUCAUCACACAAAAGUACUUCUGGCCUCGUCUCGGCCAAUGGCUGCGUGAACACGACAUUGUCCUCACUGAGACCGGUACUGCCAACUUUGGUAUCUGGGAGACUCGUUUCCCUGCCCAUGUCCAGCUCAUCUCUCAGGUCUUGUGGGGCUCAAUCGGUUACGCUACCGGUUCCGCCCAGGGUGCCUCUCUGGCAGCCAAGGAGCUCGAGGAGGAGAAGGGCGAGAAGCACCGCACCAUUUUGCUCACAGGUGACGGUUCAUUCCAAUUGACUGCUCAGGAAGUCUCGACCAUGAUCCGCCGCAAGCUGAAGCCCAUCAUCUUCCUUAUCCAGAACGACGGCUACACCAUCGAGCGUAUGAUCCACGGUAUGAACGCCGAGUACAACGACGUUCAGGAGUGGAAGUACAAGGACUUGGUUCCCGCUUUCGGCGCAAAGGAGGGCGAGUACAAGACCUACACCAUCAAGACUCGCGAAGAGCUCGACACACUCAUGGCCGACGACAACUUCAACGCCGCUCCUUACCUCCAGUUCGUCGAGAUGUACAUGCCCAAGGAAGAUGCUCCCGAGGCACUCAAGCUCACUGCUUCGGCAGCCGAGCGUAGAAACGCCAAGGUACAGGGCUAGAGAGUCUCUGCCACGGACAAAAAAUGGUCUUCUCUUGUGAAUAUUAUUAACGAUUAACUUAAUUGGGCUUGCUUAACGGCCUUUUCCCUUUGAUGAUGAAAAUAGACAUUAGCGUUUUUGAGUUUUAACUACUUCUCUCUUACUCCUUCAUCCUCUUUGCCUUUCCUGGUCUUGUGCCUUGUGUGAAAUGCCUUUUCCGU